AUGGCUAAGCAUAGAAAAAGGCGGGAUUCUCAGAACAGCAAUGGCAAUAUAGAUUACGGGAGCGUUCGGGUUUUACCGAAGGUGCAGUUUGCUUUCAUGCCAUAUAGCAGAGUCCAGGGUCUGCACAAUCUAGGGAACACAUGCUAUCUUAAUUCUACGCUCCAGUGUCUCUCCCGUGUGUCCGGACUCAAGGCUUGGAUUGAUAAGCUCAUGUACAACGGAACUGUAGGCUUUCUAAAGCGGUUUACCGAUGGGAGAAUGACGCUUUGCCUCCUCUUCAAGGGAGAUACCAUAUCUUUGAAAUUGUGCCUUUUACCCCGCAACUCGCCGUUGUCUACUGCUUACAGUACCUUCGUCGGAGAAUUGAUUGGAUCACAAAACACGCGGCCUUCUAUUAGUCCUAGGGCACGUAGUUUUUUCCUAAUAAAUCCCAUUCUUUCGGAGCUUGUCAAAACGUACCCACGCUUCGGCAAUUUUGGUCAGCACGACAGUCACGAGGCGCUCCGAUAUCUGUUGGACGGCCUGCGACUAGAAGAGUUGAAGCUUUGGCAACGCGCCAUUCUGGAUGAACUAGAGUGCACCUCCAAAUCUACGGAGGAGACAAAAAAUGAGGUGCGUAUUUGGGGGAAAUCCACCAAUCUCUGCACCACAGUGGAUAGAAUGUUCGGUGGUGUUUUGCUUACCUCCUUGACUUGCAGUCAGUGCAAUCACAUCUCUUUGCACUUUGAAGUCUUCUUGGACCUUUCACUGCCCAUCCUCAUUGAUGAGGGUGAUGCAAACCAGUAUCGCCAUCAUAACGAUUUGAAAUCCAAGACCAAACGUGAACUCAAAAAAGAGCGCAAAGCGAAAGGCAAAAACAAGAGAAAGGACAGGAACCGUAAAUGCUUCGAGCAGAUGACUGAGGACAAUGACGGCAUUGACUACGAUCAAAAAGGCCCCAAUAAGCAGAAACAGCGUAGCAGUAGGAAAGGCAAGUAUAGCAAAUGGUCUUUGGAUGAAGAAUGCGACAUGGCUGAUGAAGAGGAGAAACCGGAGGAGGCCUUGAAUGGCGAAGAGGAGGCCGAAAUGGAAGAGAAGCAAUUGGACAUGAAGGACGAUGCAUCGUUGACUCCACAACAUACCCUUGAGAAUGGCAAAUGUGACCAUGAACUUUCUGACGUACUUCAAAAUGGCAGCAGUGGUGGUCUCCCAUUAUCGUCUUCAGAAAGGGAUAGUCUGGAAGUUGACAUAAAAGUUACUUCCAUUGAAUCUACCGUUAGCGUGGUGGAGGCUUCAGCAGCGAAUAAAGUGAAUAGUAAGAAAGAUUUUCAAGGAGGUGAAUACGAUGACGGCAGUGAAUCAUCUAGCCUCUCUCUGAAUGGUAAAGAUGACAUAGGCAAGGGCAGGGAUUCGCGCACCGGCUCCGUGUCAGCUGGAGAAAGUGCCGAUUUGGAAGACAACGUUGACGAUGUCAACAGUCGUCUUUCGGAUGGAUCAGUGCUCACGCUGCCAGUUUUACCGGAUCCAGAGACGUCAUUGUGUAAGGACCUCGGUACAAAGCUGCGGCUCUCCUCGGCUGGCGACGAGACGACGAUCGCACAGUCUGACGAGGAGGAAGAGGCAAAAACUAUCUCUGUUUGUCCGAUUUUGUCCACACCACUCCCUGGCCCUACCGGCCUUGAGUGCUGUCUGGCCAAGUUCAUUGAGGCCACGGAGUUGAUUGGCGACAAUCAGAUGCUCUGUGAACGAUGCUCGAAACGAGAUGGUGGUGACUCUGUCAGCAGUGAAAGUAGUAACACGGAUGGUGUUCGUUGUGACUCCGUGAAACGCGAUCUCAUCAUCAAGCCGCCACCUGUGCUCACAUUGCACCUCAAACGCUACUUUCAGUGUGGCAAUCGACUACAGAAGUGCUCAAAACGAAUAACCUUCCCCAUUAACCUUGACCUGCGGCCCUAUUGUUCUCGCUUGGCUCGGUUAUCCUCGGGCGAGGGUCAGUACCGUCUCUUUGGCGUGGUGGAACACUCAGGCCAACUUCGCAGCGGUCACUAUGUCUGCUACGUUGCGGACGAAAGUGAAAUUCCCGACGACCGAUUCAUCCCGAGCCUUGAAAAACCCGAUCCUUGGCCCCUUCACCUCCAUCAUCUUGUAUGCCAACUGCGUCGCGGUGAUCAACACGUCAUUCACGGCGACCUCGAUGGCACUAGCACUGAUGAGGAGUCGAAAAACACUGAUGCACGCACUUGGUUCCACUUUAGUGAUACUCAUGUGAGCCGAGUCCCCGUUUCUACGGUUCUCAGUGCUCAACCCUACCUCCUUUUCUAUCAACGGAUCCGAUAG